AAAGCCGCUCUCCGGAAGUGGGUCCAGAGCCGGCGAGAGUUACGCUGGCGGGCGGUCUAGAGCGGCGCGUCCCGGCCGGGAGGGAGCGAGCGAGACAUGGAAGAUGAGCAGAGCUUCUCGGAUAUCUGUGGCGGCCGCCUGGCCCUGCAGCGCCGCUACUACUCCCCGUCCUGCCGAGAGUUCUGCAUCAGCUGCCCUCGGCUCUCGUUGCGCUCGCUCACCGCUGUCACCUGCACGGUGUGGCUAGCGGCCUACGGACUCUUCACCCUCUGCGAGAACAGCAUAAUCCUCUCUGCUGCCAUCUUCAUCACCCUCUUAGGCCUGCUUGGUUACCUGCAUUUUGUCAAGAUUGAUCAGGAGACCCUGUUAAUCAUAGAUUCCCUUGGUAUCCAGAUGACCUCAUCUUAUGCUUCAGGCAAAGAAAGCACUACCUUCAUUGAGAUGGGCAAGGUGAAGGAUGUUAUCAUCAAUGAAGGUAUUUACAUGAAGGUGAUUUACUACCUCUGCAUUUUAUUGAAGGAUCCGGUGGAACCACAUGGGAUAUCCCAAGUAGUACCUGUCUUCCAGAGUGCCAAGCCCCGCCUGGACUGCUUGAUUGAAGUGUACAGGAGCUGCCAGGAGGUCCUGGCGCACCAGAAAGCCACAUCAGCAAGUCCAUGAGUCCCAGCAUUCAGAAGGCCAGUAUUGUCUUCCAUGGGAGAUGACUCCUAAGCCAUAGUGGCUGGUUUAUUUUCUGUAUUCUAAACCAUCGGGUGGACACAGUCCUAGGAACCAGUAUGGAUGCAGUGGAUCUCAGAGCCAUAGAGCAGGUGACUGGAAACCUAACUCAUUGUGUGAUGUUGAGCAAAGUCCUUCUGUGUAUUGUAGUGAUCCGCUUGUAAGGUUUUGCCUACUUUACCAACUAGGGGGAGACCUUAAGAAAAGACAUGUCAAAAGUAAUGUUAACAAAGAGCACUUGGUGAAAUUCCUAAACACAUUCAGGUUUACUUUUUGUAGAAUUUCUGGAGCAAGACCAUGGGAAACUGACAUCAGCUAUCUUAGGAAACAUAAUUUCCAACUACAUAGUACCCCUGUAUAAAAGUUAAGAAAAAAAAAAGUCAAGCCGUUCAGGUACUGGUGAGUAGGAAGAAAUGUCCUACAAAAGACUAGUCUCUGUUCACCCAGCUCCUUUGUUCUGUACAGGGUUAAUUUAUGAUGACUCUCUUAAUAAACCUAUCUCCUUCCAAAACAUA